AACCGACAGCGGCGUCUCCCGACACGUCCCCUGCACACGCACCCCGGCACCGGCACACGCUCGGCACGCUUUUUCUCCGCCCGGGCUCCGUCCUGCGCCCACAAUGACUCCCAGGGAGCGUAAAUAAACACGGGAAGGGCUGCCUGUUUUGACUCCUGGAAGACCUGUGCUGGGGACCAGAGCCACUUUUGUUUUUCUCACGGAGAAGGUGAUCUCUCCGCGCCUCCCUCUCUCCCCGGGAUUCGUUCAAGGAGGACGAAGAGAGGCAGGGAGAGGGCGGCGAGAGCGGGGUUUCGCUUUCCGAGCGGCCGGAGCCGAGACGCCAGGAGGGGACCGCGGCCGCCCGGAGCCCGCGGCCGCGCGCCGGGACCGCUCCGGAGACGCCGCGGGCGCCGGGCCCUUUCUGCACGAGGUUGGCUCCAGCCCCCGCAGCCGCGUUGGAUCCCACGGCCUACUGCGAGACUCCGGUGUACAGCCCGGAUCUCUGCCCCAACAUGAUCGCGGCCCAGGCCAAGCUGGUGUACCACCUGAACAAGUACUACAACGAGAAGUGCCAGGCCCGGAAGGCCGCCAUCGCCAAGACCAUCCGCGAAGUCUGCAAAGUCGUGUCCGACGUGCUCAAGGAGGUGGAAGUGCAGGAGCCGCGCUUCAUCAGCUCCCUCAACGAGAUGGACAACCGCUACGAAGGCCUGGAGGUCAUCUCGCCCACCGAGUUCGAGGUGGUGCUCUACCUGAACCAGAUGGGGGUGUUCAACUUCGUGGACGACGGCUCGCUGCCCGGCUGCGCGGUGCUGAAGCUGAGCGACGGGCGCAAGCGGAGCAUGUCCCUGUGGGUGGAAUUCAUCACCGCCUCCGGCUACCUCUCGGCGCGCAAGAUCCGGUCCCGGUUCCAGACGCUGGUGGCUCAGGCGGUGGACAAAUGCAGCUACAGGGACGUGGUAAAGAUGGUGGCGGACACCAGCGAAGUGAAACUGCGGAUCCGGGAUCGGUACGUGGUGCAGAUCACGCCGGCGUUCAAGUGCACGGGCAUCUGGCCGCGCAGCGCGGCCCACUGGCCGCUCCCCCACAUCCCCUGGCCGGGGCCCAACCGGGUGGCCGAGGUCAAAGCGGAAGGCUUCAACCUUCUGUCCAAGGAGUGCCACUCCCUGGCCGGCAAGCAGAGCUCGGCCGAGAGCGACGCCUGGGUGCUGCAGUUCGCCGAGGCCGAGAACCGCCUGCAGAUGGGCGGCUGCCGCAAGAAAUGCCUCUCCAUCCUCAAGACCCUGCGGGACCGCCACCUGGAGCUGCCGGGCCAGCCCCUCAACAACUACCACAUGAAGACUCUGGUCUCCUACGAGUGCGAGAAGCACCCCCGGGAGUCGGACUGGGACGAGUCCUGCCUGGGCGACCGGCUCAACGGCAUCUUGCUGCAGCUCAUCUCCUGCCUGCAGUGCCGGCGCUGCCCGCACUACUUCCUCCCCAACCUCGACCUCUUCCAGGGCAAGCCGCACUCGGCGCUGGAGAACGCCGCCAAGCAGACGUGGCGGCUGGCCAGGGAGAUCCUCACCAACCCCAAGAGUCUGGAGAAACUUUAG